GAAAUCAAUAUCAGCCGACGUCCAGGGUUCACUCGGAACUGCAGUACACGACGAAAUGCGCAACAGUUGCGUCUGAACGAGAGACAAGAAGGGAUAUACAAUUGUAUCGUUUGCCCGACAACGACUCGAAAGUUCUUGCAACCCUCUCGUGCUCAUGUGAAACCGGAACAAGAACCACUGGUGGCACCACGACUGGAAGGAACCACGUUCGACAUGAGCAGGAGCCUCCUAGCCAGCGCGGUGCAACGCGAAACGCGAUGCACCAGAGGACUGUGAACGCGAUUUUCGUUUGAACGUCGUCAAGAUGUGCGAGAGACGCCUCUCGCUGGACACGUUGCACGUAUCGUUAGGCAUCAACGUCAGCAUCCUUGUGAUAUUGACGAUAUUCGGCGUGCUACUCUCGUUGCCGCUGCGGCUGUUACUCAACACGAACUACCACAGUCGAAACGAGACCCUUGGCGAAAAUCGCACAUCGACCGAGAACACGACCGUUGACGCUACAGUGAUUCCGGCGGAUCAUAAGAAAUUGAAACGCUGCCCGAUGUUCGAAUACGAGGACAGAUUGAAGUCAGCUUUUCGCUGUGAUUACGACGGGAACUGCACCUAUGCACCAAUCUAUCUGAUCGAUCCUCCCGAGGAGAACCGCGUCGACGAAACGAACGACACGAGUAACGAGACGUCGGAGAUUUCGAAGGAGAUCGGUGAAAAUUUAACGGAGAACGCGGAGGAUGGUAGCAAAGAUCGUCAAUCGAAAUCGGUCCCGGUCGCCGGACACAUACUCGUUACGAUGCUUGUCAUUUCAGCGAUAGCUGCUCUCGUUGAAGUGUUGCGAAUACGUUUCGCUAAAGAUAAGGACUCGUCUAAGGCAGGUAGUGCCGGGUCAAGAAAAGCAUCCACGAUCGAGCUUCCCCUUCAGAGGAGGUUCCUACCAAGGUAUCCAAUGAACGGUCAGAGGUCUUUCGAAAUGCAUCGAUCCGCUUUACGGCUAUUAGGUGCAAGACCGCCGCCGCUUAUUCGUCGCUCGUCGUUCCCGACCCAACAAUCUAAUCAAAUCUCUGGUUCGGUCGCCGGCACGCCGAUUAGUUGGGUAUCCAGGCGUAGGUCGGCCGAAUCCGACGAAGAACUCAUUAACGCCCUGCAUCAUCGCACGCGUCUCAUUCGACGCCAUUAAAAGGUAAACCGACUAGAAAACGUCUGUGUCGACAGUUCGAACGGAAGAUCACUCGAAAGAUGUAAAAAGUAAAUUGUAUACGUCCUUGCUCUUGUACUUUACCCUACGUCGUAUUGUAAACGAAAGUAAAUGAUAGAUGAAUGUAUUUUGGAAACAGAGUUAGAAAAUUCUUGGAUACGUAUUUUCACAUUACUUCGACAUUUCUGUGAUCCUCGUCUCUCACGCGUACAAUUGAUAAUAAUAGUUUGUGAAAUAUAUGUAACACACAUCGAUGUCUGAUAAAUAAAUUCUUCCAAUCUA